GGGUCAACGCUAUGUCAACGUCCGUGAUUUACUCGUUGUCCGAGGCGAUUAGUCGUUAACCUCUCUGUUGAUGGGGUUUUGUUGUUUGUGCGGAGGGAAUACUCUUUUUGUUCUUGUUUAUUUGGACGCGAAUCAAAAGCACAUUAUUCCUACAAAUGCAUAGAAUCUAGCUCGUCCUUGGACGCAUUGAUCGAGAAUCGCUUCCACUAAUGGACGUUGUGAAGUGCUCGCCUUGUAACCUCUUCGAUCAUGCAAUUAUCAAGAGCGGACGAGGAGGAGGAGGAUCGAGCAACAACAACAGGGGAUGCGCAGCUCUGGGAGUGAGCAGAUCACCAUCGCCCAAAAUACGCAUGGCUUCUCUAAGAGCGGCCUUGCCCCUGUGGUCCGAGGCAGCGGCAAGGAAGCUCGAAGACAUGGCGAAAAGCAGCGGCUUGGAUCAAGCUUUCGGGGAAUUUGGUGCAGGGUCUUUUCUUCCUCCUGCCGCCACUGCCGCUCUACUGGGACUGGCGCUGCUUUGCAUCACCGUCGCCAUCUUACACAAGCAUUCUUCGAAACGACGCCGCAACAAUCUACCGCCAGAGGUGCCAGGGCUGCCGUUUGUUGGAAACCUCCUCCAGAUGACGGUGGAGAGGCCACACCGCAAGCUUACAAGCUGGAGUAACGAGUAUGGGCCGAUCUACACCAUCAGGACCGGCCAGAAAUCCCAAGUAAUUGUCAGCUCGCCGGAGCUCGCAAGAGAGGCUGUUGUCGCCAAGUAUUCCUCCAUCUCCAACAGGGAUUUGGGAUCAAACCUUACCAUUCUUACCAGGAACAGGAAGAUCGUGGCAAUGAGUGACUAUGGCGAUCGGUAUAGGAUGCUCAAGAGAAUGGUGGUGAACAACUUGCUCGGACAAACUUCGCAGAAAGCUCUGCAUGUUCAGCGCGAAAAUUACUUGCGAAUUGCACUCGACGGCCUGUUUGAUGAGCUCGGGAGGUUUCCUGGUUCUACAGGUCAGGUGAACGCCAGAGAUUGCAUUGCCAACUUUCUCUUCCGUUUAGGAAUGCACCAGGUUUUUGGCCGAGAUAUCGAGAGUGUUAGAGUUCCAGAGCUUGGAGCAGAGGUGACGAGAUGGGAGAUUUACCGCGUCCUUGUGCAGGACGUGAUGAAAGCGGCCGUCCAGAUCGAUUGGAGAGAUUUUUUCCCGAGCCUCAAGUGGAUUCCCAAUCGGAAGUUUGAGGAUGGGAUCUACAAGGUGGAGCGCAAGAGGUCUGCGGUGACCAAAGCAUUGAUGGAGCAGCACAGGCAACUCUCUCGCAGCCAGCAGCGAGACAAGUGCUACUGCGAUGUUCUUCUCGACAAUGAAUCACACUACAGUGAGGACGAGCUGUUGCUGGCUGCGUGGGAGCCGAUCAUUGAGAGCUCCGACACGACACUGGUGACAUCCGAGUGGGCUCUCUACGAGCUGGCCAGCGGUCCAAAACUACAGGAGAAGCUAUACAACGAGAUCAAACGCGUGGUGGGAGAUGAGCGGAUGGUGAGCGAAGACGAUCUUCCAAAUCUUCCCUUCCUCAACGCUGUCAUCAAAGAGACGCUGAGAAAAUACAGCCCCGUUCCAAUUUUACCCCCGAGAUACAUACACGAGCAAGUCGAGCUGGGUGGCUACACCAUUCCGGCUGGCUACCAGCUGAUUGUCAACAUCUUUGGAAUCCACCACGACCCAAAACGCUGGAGCAAUCCCGAGACGUGGGAUCCAUCACGGUUUCUAGGAGUCGAAGGUGGCAGCUUUGACAUGGGAUUGACGGACAUGAGACUCAUGCCCUUUGGCGGAGGCAAACGGAUUUGCGCCGGGAUGGCCCAAGUUUUUUACGUUGUUCCCAUGAUCAUCGCCACUCUCGUCCAGCACUUCGAGUGGACUUUGCCGCAAGGUGAUAUGGACAAGAGGAAUGUUGUGGAAGACACGGUCUAUCUCACCACCCAGAAGCUGGAACCUCUCCAGGCCUGUGCCAAGCCUCGCGUGCCUCGCAGGCUUCCUUCCAAAACGCUCAACGCCGUUCCUUCCAACAACAAAGUCCCAGAGCACAAGCAUUGAUGGUGGCUGCCUUUCCCAAAGGAGGGCGAGAAGUGGAGGAUAGAAUCUCUUCUUCUUUUUCCUUCCACCGCCUUUAGGUGAGCCACCACACUACAUUGCGUAGCUAUCUAGCCAAACAAGUGAGUUGCUUUAUGGGAAAGUCUUGCAUAACAAAGCGCGUCUCCUCGUCCUCGACUUCGUGUUCCUCUUCGUGUUCUUCGUGGUGGUCUCAAACAACACAGAGAUUUCUUCUACUCAUUGUUUUGAUUUGUUUAGUUCAAGUGGAGGCCACGAGCACUCCAGCUCCAGCUCCAGCCACAGCCCUAGCAAGCAACAGUCUCCAAGAGCCAAGCUUCUUAGUACUCAAAAGAUCUUGGGCAGGCAAGGCUUGCAUCGCUCAAGCUCGAGGGCGAGGAGCCGGAGUGCCAGUAAGCUCGUGCCACAAUGGAAGCGAGCGGAAUGGCAUGCUGUGCUACAAGCAGUGCUCCGCAAACCACACCGGAGUCGGGCCGGUGUGCUGGAGAUCGUGUCCGAGCGACACCCGCGACAUGGGCGGUGUUUGCUGGAGCUCCUACGGUAAAGGAUGCUGCUGCACAGUCUUCGGCUGCUGCGGAGGCUGCAAACCAGGAUACAAGGACGCCGGAUGCUUCUGCCGGAGAUCUUUCACGAAACAUUCGUAUGGACGAGGGGCCGGAACUCCGCUAGUUUGCAAGCCCGACGAGGAAGAGAAUGGAGGCCUGUGCUACAAAGCUUGUCCGCAGGGAUUCGCGGGCCAGGGCCCCGUUUGCUGGGAGGAAGCGAGCUCCGUGUCGCGGGCAUUCCCACACAAGUGCAACGCGGUACUCUACACGGUUGACAGUGCUACCUGUGCCGCCAUAGCCGCGGAGCUCGCUAAAACCGGGAGCUUCACCGCCGUUUGUGUCGCGCUGGGACUGGCCGUCGCGUUCGCUGCUCCUGGAGCGUCACUGCUCAUGCCGGCCGCUUCUUUCUUCUGUGGCAAAUCCUUCGACGCCAUCGUGGAGCAAGCGCAGCACAUAUUGGAGAUCACGCAGGCUAAAGCCUGUCCUGCUGCCUAGAUUCGUUCCACUCAUAUAACAUGAAAAAUACCUCGUGGUAAGAGCGAAA